CAUAUCAAAAGCAACCUGAGAGCAACGUACGCUUGUAUAUCUGUAGAAGGAAACAUCCCAAUAUCACUCUUACUCAUGCGUUUAGAGGGGUUGGAACAUUAAUGAAUAUGGCUUUGCAAUAUUUCAAAGUGAUAAUCGCUGCCAGUGCAUGCCUUUUCGAUGUUAAGAUAUUGGUCAUAGGAGAGGAAUGCACAGAAUCCCAAUCAACUGCGAAGGCUGUCCAAGUUUGCCCCAAAACAGCUGCAGAGUGGGCGACUGCGGCAUCAAAGAAAGGUUGUCAUAACAUCAAAAACAGCUGCGAGUCAUUCGAGUACCACUGUGUGAUUAAUGCCUGGCAGAAUGAGACAAUAGAAGUGUGUUCUAAAGUUAUAAAUAUUGUAGGAAACGUCUGUGCAGAAUACAGUUUUGGUGGACGUAGAAUCCAACGCAAUAGGGAUACAAAGUGCGCUACAUGUCCAUCUGUUUACAAAUCAAAUGAGACUUACAAAUAUUCAGAAUGUUAUAGCCAAACCUAUCAACGUCGAAAGACAGUGAGACCUAAUAUCAGCACGUCAACUAGAGUAUAUACGACAAACAAUGGUAUAAUCUUGACAUCGUCACCAGUGCUUGUUCAUAUCCAGGCAGGGCUGACGUCUGAGUCACAGCUCGCCCUUAACAUUAACCAUAUGAACGCAGAAAAGCAAAAGCUGGAGUCAUCCCCCGAACAUGCGGUUCUACUUUGUGUUGGCAUAUCCGGGACUAUAACAGUUAUAACCCUUUGCCUGAUAUUAGUUGUAUACAGAUUUUGCAAAGAUAGAGAAUAUUGUUCCUUGAAAGAUAUUUUUUCAUCCCUGUUCAAAACAAAGUACGAAUCUCAGACAUCACGGCAGACAGUCAUCGAUGUUGAAGAUAAUGGAGGCAAACUUGAAGACGAAAGGUUCACAGAAGAACAUCCAUUGACAGUAGAUGCAGUCUGAGUGAUUUAGUAAAGGAUGUGCAUGUUGAGUGAAUAAUGGAAUAUCAAAAUAAACUGAUUAAUGGCAACUUAAGAUUUACCAAUUUAAUAGCAGUUAAACCUGACUGACUAAUGGCAGAUGACGAUUGACUGACUAAUGGCGGGUUGAAAUUAAAAUUGACAAUGAAGGACAAAUUUAAAGACUAUGCACCAUAUCAUAAAGUGUUGGAUUGACUGAUUGAUGUCAAGUAGAGAUUGACUAACUGAUAUUAGAUAGGUUUAGUAAAUGAUGUUACAGAUUGACUGAGUGAUUUUAGAUAAAGAUUGACUGAGUGAUGUUAGAGAUUGAUUGAGUGAUUUUAGAAAGAACUUGACUUAGUGAUGUUCGUUAUUGAUUGAGUAAUGUUAGAGAUUGACAAGGUGAUUUUAGAGAUUGACUGAUUGAUAUUAGAUAUUAACUGAGUGAUGUUAGAUAUUGACUGAGUGAUGUUAGAGGUUGAGUGAGUAAUGUUAGUGAUUGACUGAGUGAUGUUAGUAAUUGACUUUUUGAUGUUAAAUAGAGAUUUUAAUGACUGGUGGUCGAAGAAUGUUUGACUAAGGCAUAAUGUACUAUGAUAGAUCAAAAUUUUGACUGGUGGCAGCAAUAUUUCAUGUCUUUGCUUUUUUACCAUUUACCUGUUGGCAACUAUCCACUUUGUUACACCUCUUUAUUUGUUCUUUAACGUGGAAAAAAUGUACCAGUACCAUAUUGUGUUAAAAUAAAUGAACUGGAAAUUGAAA